CUGACGUCACGCCGGGCGGUGGAUCUUUAAAGUGUAAAUCGAUAGUUCAUGUCUGGCGGCGACAAAUUGACCGCUGCCGUCUGUUCCCGAAAUGUCACUUGACAUUUGAUGCAAGAGUACAUGAAAGAAGUUACAUUCAGUGUUUUGGAUCAACAAGUUCAAUUUAUGAUGAAAUGACCAGGCCAUAGCUAUUGACGUUCGAAAUAACUCACCGUCUGCGCCUUUGAACGGAAACUGAAUAUAUUCAACGAAGAGUUUGAAGGAGAGAACAAGAAAAAACAUGGACUAGAGGAGAGGUUAAAUGACAUUAUUUUGGAUAGACUUGACAAAAGGAGAAGGGUUAUUAUACAUGUACGAGCUAGUUACCUCCGUCAAUUGAUGAUAAUUUCGAGUGGAAAAAAAAGUGCAACUGUUACUCACAUUUUGAGAAAUUCCAUCUAUCGUCACAUUUCCAUCACACAACAUGCACGACUCUGACUCUGAUAACUAUGAGGGAAGCGCUGUUCUGGGGAUGUGCUGCAAUGGAGCAGGGAGUGUUCACCUGGCGCGCUAUAAGCCGAAGAACACACACGUAGUGAUUAAAAAGUUUAACAUGGACAAUCGCAGUCACGAGGAAUAUGACCUCGUGGAACAGGAAAUAAUAAUGACCAGGCAGCUUCAGCAUCCAAAUAUCCUCCCCUAUUUAGCCACCUUUGUCUCAGGACAUAAUAUCUGCGUCGUAUCGCCACUAAUGGGCUACGGAUCCUGCCACGAUCUGAUCGAGGAAUAUUUCAACGAAGGAUUACCAGAGCUCGCGAUUGCUUACAUACUGAGGGACAUUCUUCACGGACUGGAAUAUAUUCACAAAAGAGGGUUCAUCCAUAGGGCAAUCAAAGCCAGCCACAUUCUCAUCUCGACAUCUGGUCAGGCUUGCUUGUCUGGUAUGCGAUACGCCUGCGAAAUUGUCAGGCAUGGCAAAUGGCAGAGGACCAUACAUUCCUUUCCAAAAUCGACCACUAACAAUCUGAAGUGGCUGAGUCCCGAGCUGCUUCAACAGGACCUCCAUGGGUACAAUGAGAAAUCCGAUACUUAUAGCUUGGGCAUGACGAUAUGUGAACUGGCCAAUGGUGUUGUGCCAUUUUGCGACACUCCUGCCACUCUAAUGCUGACGGAAAAAGUGCGCGGAAGCGCUCCUCACAUACUAGACCGCUCGACCAUUCCCCCGAAUACAAUGGAUACAGAGGAUGACGAGAAUGGUGAGAAAAAAUUGGUAUGCGACAACAUUGUGGGUGAUGGAAACGCGAGCAGCAGUAGUUUGGAAUCUGUUAGAACGCGUUUGCACAAUAUGUCUAGCAGAAAAUUUUCGGAGCCUUUUCAUGCUUUGACCGAAUUAUGCCUAUUGAGAAAUCCGUCAGAUCGUCCUACGAUGAGUCAGCUUGCAGUGCAUCCAUUUUUCAAGCAGUGCCGCAGAAACGACGAAUCGUUGAUCGAAAUACUUCGCUGUGUUACUUCGAUUAGUGAAAAGCACGCCCACUCCGCAGGUGAUUAUCUCGUCGCUCUAUCUACGGAGCAGCUGGUUGAUUUAGAUCUGGAGACUUGUCAGUGGGACUUCUGAGCACGUGUCUAUAAUUAUAAAAGUUUUAUAACGCAAUGUAUAUCUGUAUAUUGGGCAUGAAAGAGUUACAAGUAUUUGAUAUGAUUUACAAGUGCGUCUUACGAUUGGUUCGCUCGAUUUAUAUUCUACUAAUACCCAAUAAAUAUACGCCGAAGUUCAUGAAAUACAGUCUAAUUGUAAGUAACGCUAAGUCAUAAAUGAUUGACGAUUUAUUGUGUAUCUGUUUUUAUUUAAAGUAAAGUUUUAUCUAUUUAUCACAGGUAAACCUGUGUCAUCAUUUAUCGAAUGUUUAUAUCAAACUAGGUAGUUACAUUAAUUCUCAUACGGGACAUUUGUGAUGUGUCUUAUUUUCCUCAUCACAAUAGCCACUAACCUUCUAAAUAUAAAUUCUAUCUACCAAGAUAUUUAACUUUUUGAAUACAUGUUGUUGUCUUAAAUAUUUUAUGAGCUAAACUAUGGACGAUAUAUUUUUUUCUGUUGUAUCUACGACAUAAUUGAAUUUUCCUAUGUAUAUAGUUGUCUACUACUUAUUUUGUUUUUCGGCUUCAUUUAUGACUCGCACUGAACGUUGAGUAAAACUGCCUGGACAGAUGUAAAUAUAUAUUUCUCCGCCUCCUUUGAACCCUAAUUGGUCACUCUUGAGUGAAUUUCACACCUAACAUUUCUCCAACUCCUCGUAGAGUCCCUGAGUCGUAGAAAUGGGCCUCGUGGUGCCAUUCCUCAUGCGAAAUAAGAGCCUUUUUUUCGACAUUUUUGGCACUUUCUUUGACUUUGCCGAUGUUCUACAAUAUUUAAACAAUGAAUUUUGAUUAGGAAAAUGAGAGAGCUUUUUUUGCGAUCCUCAAACAAUACCUAGAUUGUUUUUUUAGAACUC